GAGAAAUCCCACAGUCAAACAUGGCCGCGGCUGGAGUGGCAGAUCGUACGACUUGUUGCAGUUUCAGCUCGUAGUUUUGGCCUGUAAUGCAUUUUGCGCCCGGCUGGAGGCAUGGGAGGCUGUCUAGGAAGGAAUAGGGAGCGCGAGCGGAAUGCGUCCGCCUCGUCAGAGAGCGUGAGCCGCGCCAACUCGGGGGCGAGUGGCACUCGCAAGAACCACCCUCUGUGCCACGAGGUGAUCAGGUGGAAGUCGGACAUCCCGCUGACGGACGGCCAGCUGCGCAGCAAGCGCGACGAGUUCUGGGACACGGCGCCCGCCUUCGACGGCCGCAAGGAGAUCUGGGACGCACUGCGGGCGGCGGCCACGGCCUACGAGGCCUGUGACUUCCAGCUUGCCCAGGCUAUCCUCGAUGGCGCCAACGUGUCCGUGCCGAAUGGCUUCCUUACUGAGUGCUACGAUGAGCUGGGCAGUAGGUAUCAGGUGCCCGUCUACUGCCUCUCCUAUCCCAUCAACAUCGUCAAGGAUUUUAAUGGCAGGGAAUCGCCCGACUCCUCAGAAAACGCUGGCGACGGCGAUGGAAGCGAGCUUGUCCUCAAGCUGCGUCUAUCCUCAACUUGCUGCGAUGUCAAACUUCCCGUCCUCUCCUCUGACACCAUAUUUGCCUGCAAAAGGAAGCUCAAGGCGCAAGAGGGGAUUGAGGUGUCACGGCAGCGGUGGUACUUUGGCGGCAAGCUGCUGGGCGACAAGCUGCGCAUCGACGAAGUCAAGAUCCAGUCAGGCUACAUCAUUCAGGUGAUCGUGAACCAAGAGGAAUUGUGCCGAGUGGACAGCUAGCCAGUGCCAUCUCCCCCCGUGCCCUAAAUCAAACACACUGACUCUUAAUCCGCUCUGUCUCCGCAUUUCUUGCGUCCGCUCGCACGGAGAGACUAAAAGAUGUCUCACUUGUGAUACACAACCUCGAGAGCAGAGCUGUUUUGGUUUCCGAUUAGCAAGGCCUAUUUUGAUGUGAUAUCAGAAGUAAUGCGCGUGUAAAUAAUAAACGAAUUAUAAUAUUAUUAUAUGAAUGCAUACCAUACCUAAAUAAACACACAGAUAUUCUUCCUUUUCCACCUCCAGUCGUACCUGAUCACUUCGCACCCUUGGUUAUUCAGGUAUUUUACAAACAAACUCUUGAUUUGAGAGAACCUAAUACAUAUUUUGAGAGUUACCAGCAGCAGAAAGUACCUUCUGUUCUUGCUAUUCGCUUGUAUUGUUUGCCUCCCUGUUUGGUUGUGGUUUGGAAAAAAUGUUGCGAGAAUAUGAGUGUUUUUACUGGCGAUGAAAAGUGUGAGUCUUGGAUUCGAGUUUACGCUCGACUAGCUCCUGCGGCAACGAAUAAUACAAGAGAAUGUUUGUUUCUGAUGUUUGUGACAAAUUAAAUAAUUUUUCAAAUAAGAA